GGUAAACCGGAAAAGAAACAGAGCACUUCGUGUUUUUGUGUCGGUGAAAUAUUUGUUUUUUUUUUUCUGGAGAAAAUCUUUUGGUUUUCACACAGAAACUAAAAAUGGGGAAGCGGCAGCACCAGAAAGAUAAAAUGUACAUCACGUGUACAGAGUACACGAACUUCUAUGGAGGAAAACGAAACGUUAUCCCUCAGGCAAACUUCAGACGCCUUCCAUUCGACCACUGCAGCUUGUCCCUUCAGCCAUUUGAGUAUCCUGUCUGCACGGAGGAGGGAGUCGUCUUCGACCUGCUGAGCAUCGUUCCCUGGAUUAAGAAGUUUGGCACCAAUCCGAUCUCUGGAGAGAAACUGGAAGCAAAGUCCCUCAUCAAACUCAACUUUGCCAAGAACAACGAUGGGAAAUAUCACUGCCCCGUUCUGUACAACGUCUUCACAAACAAUUCUUACAUCGUCACCAACAAGGUCACAGGCAACGUCUUCUCUCAUGAGGCUGUGGAGCAACUCAACAUUAAGACCAAGAGUUACAGAGAUUUGCUGAGCGAUGAACCCUUCACCAGAAAGGACAUUAUCACACUUCAGGAUCCAACAAACCUGGAUAAAUUUAAUGUUUCCGACUUUUUCCACGUGAAGAACAACCUGAAGGUGUUGGAUCCAGAUGAGGAAAAGGCCAAACUGGACCCGUCGUACCACCUGAAGAGCACCAACCUCGAGACCAGGGAGACCUUAGCUGAACUCUACAAAGACUACAAGGGCGAUCAGCUGCUGGCGUCCACCAUGAAGGAGCCCGCGGCCAAGAAGACGGACAAGUUGAACGCUGCUCAUUACUCCACAGGCAGAGUUUCCGCCUCCUUCACAUCCACGGCCAUGACUCCUGCAACUACACACGAAGCAGACGCCAUCGCAGACGACACCGUGCGUUACCAGUACGUGAAGAAGAAAGGCUACGUCCGUCUACACACAAACAAGGGGGACCUGAAUCUGGAGUUACACUGUGAUAAGGUUCCCAAAGCUGGAGAGAACUUUGUCCGUCUGUGUAAAAAAGGAUUCUACAAUGAUACGAUCUUCCACAGAUCCAUCAGGAAUUUCAUGAUUCAAGGAGGAGACCCGACUGGCACCGGUACAGCUUCGCGUAAAUACCUCCAGCAACUUAAGAUCUUCAUCACAUUCCGCUCGUGCAUCUACCUCGACAGAAAGCACACAAUCUUUGGCAGGGUUGUUGGGGGGUUUGAGACCCUCACAGCGAUGGAGAAUGUGGAGAGUGAUCCCAAAACCGACAAACCAAAGUCGGAGAUCAAGCUCAUCAGUGCGACAGUGUUCGUGGACCCGUACGAAGAGGCCGACGCCGAGAUCGCAGCAGAGCGAGAGAAGGAGCUGCAGAGGCAGGAGGAGGAGAAGCAGCAGGUCUCCCUGAAGAAAACCAAGGAGGAGGAGGCGCCAAAGACCUUCAAGGAGGGUGUGGGGAAAUACAUCAACCCUUCCACAGCAAAGCGUCCGGCAGCUGAAUGUGACAGCGGACCGUCCACCAGCGGAGCGGCUGCACCCAAGAAGUCCAAAGGCAAGACGAGUCUCGGAGACUUCAGCUCCUGGUAGCAGCGACACUCCGUUCUGUAUUUUAUGAAUGAGUCUCAUUCACACCUACAUGUCUGUUAUUGUUCAUCUCUCAGUUUUUGGCGUCUUGUGAAAGUUUAGAUUAAAGCUACGUUUUUAUCAAA